AGCGCGGCAGACGGAGGCGCCCCGGAGGAGCGAGGCUGAAGGCUGAAGGCUUGACUCUGUCCUAGGAAGUGGGUGCCCGGCUGCUGGCGCGUUCCGUUCUGAACUCAAAGUGGAUGAUGCUGUUGGGACUGAACCACUGACCAGAGUCUGUGAAACAUCUGCACCUUCUCACUGGCCGUCAGUUGAGGUAAGAUGGAAGACUCGUAUAAGGAUGGGACUUCACUGGCGAAGGGUGCCAAGGACAUUGCCAGAGAGGUGAAGAAGCAGACUGUAAAAAGGGUGAAUCAGGCAGUGGACCGGGCCCAGGAUGAAUACACCCAGAGGUCCUACAGUCGGUUCCAAGACGAGGAAGAGGACGAUGAGGUUUAUCCGCCGGCGGAAACCUAUAAUGGAGAGGCCAAUGAUGAUGAAGGCUCCAGUGAGGCUACUGAGGGUCACGAUGAAGAUGAUGAAAUCUACGAAGGGGAGUAUCAGGGCAUCCCCAACAUGAACCAAGGGAAGGAUAGCAUCGUGUCAGUAGGGCAGCCCAAGGGCAAUGAGUACAAGGACCGCCAGGAGCUGGAGUCUGAGAGGAAGGCUGACGAGGAAGAACUUGCCCAGCAGUAUGAGCUGAUAAUCCAGGAGUGCGGGCAUGGCCGCUUUCAGUGGGCCCUGUUCUUUGUCCUGGGCAUGGCGCUGAUGGCGGACGGCGUGGAGGUGUUUGUCGUCGGCUUCGUGCUGCCAAGCGCCGAGACAGACCUGUGCAUACCAAAUUCAGGAUCCGGGUGGCUAGGCAGCAUAGUGUACCUCGGCAUGAUGGUGGGGGCGUUCUUCUGGGGAGGCCUGGCAGACAAAGUGGGACGGAAGCAGUCCCUUCUGAUCUGCAUGUCUAUCAACGGAUUCUUUGCCUUCCUGUCUUCAUUUGUCCAAGGUUAUGGCUUCUUUCUCUUCUGUCGCUUACUUUCUGGAUUCGGGAUUGGAGGAGCCAUCCCCACUGUGUUCUCCUACUUUGCGGAAGUGUUGGCGCGAGAGAAGCGGGGUGAGCACCUGAGCUGGCUCUGCAUGUUCUGGAUGAUCGGCGGCAUCUACGCCUCGGCCAUGGCCUGGGCCAUCAUCCCGCACUACGGGUGGAGCUUCAGCAUGGGCUCAGCCUACCAGUUCCACAGUUGGCGAGUGUUCGUCAUCGUCUGCGCGCUCCCCUGUGUCUCCUCGGUGGUGGCCCUCACGUUCAUGCCUGAAAGCCCACGGUUCCUGCUGGAGGUUGGAAAACAUGAUGAAGCCUGGAUGAUUCUGAAGUUAAUUCACGACACGAACAUGAGAGCACGGGGUCAGCCUGAGAAGGUCUUCACGGUAAACAGAAUCAAAACCCCCAGACAGAUAGAUGAACUGAUUGAAAUUGAGAGUGACACGGGAACGUGGUACCGGAGGUGCUUUGUUCGCGUCCGCACGGAACUGCAGGGAAUUUGGUUGACUUUUAUGAGAUGUUUCACCUAUCCAGUCAGGGAAAAUACCAUAAAACUCACAAUUGUGUGGUUCACGCUGUCCUUUGGGUAA